AUGUCCACUGAAGAAGACUAUUUCAACCAGACCGAUGCCUAUCCAUCUUUUGAAACUACUGAUCCUAAUUAUGAUUAUGUCGAUGACAUAAAUGGACAUUUCUGUCCGUACGGGGAGUUAAAUAUCUUGAUCUCAGUCCUCUACUAUGUGAUCUUCAUUGUUGGAUCGUUGGGAAAUGUAAUUGUCAUUUUGAUCAUGUCCUUCAAAGAGAAGAGGCGGUGGAGAUUGGUGGACACUUACGUGAUCAACUUGGCCAUUGCAGACCUGAUAUUCAUCUUCAGUUUGCCCCUAUGGGGGGCCUCAGCUGCCCACUGUCACCAGUGGAGCUUUGGAAAUGAGCUCUGCAAACUUAGCAGCUACAUCAUUGCCGUCAACAAGUACUCCAACAUAUUUUUCCUCACCUGCAUGAGUAUAGACCGGUACCUGACCAUCGUUAAACAGUUGGACUUCAAACACGUCAGGACUCAGAACUACUCCAUGAAAAUCAGUGUUGUGGUCUGGGUCAUGUCCAUGCUGCUCGCCAUUCCUUCCGCCUACUUCAGACAACUUCAUCAACUCAACGCAACCUACUGCAAAGAGGACUCGACUUCUCAUUUCUACCGAGGGUUCAGCCUGAUCGUUAUCUGCCUGACCUUCGUACUGCCUAUUGUUGUCAUCCUGUUUUGUUACUGCUCCAUACUCGUCAGACUAAGGGACCAUUAUGUUCACAGCAAGAAGCUUCUCCAGAGAAGAGAGAACUCCUGGAAAAUCAUCCUUGCCAUCGUGUCUGGGUUUGUCCUGUCCUGGUUGCCCUUUAAUAUUUUCAAGGCUAUCGAUCUGUGUUUGCAGUUCAAGGAGGUAGACCCGCCUUGGCGGGUUGUUGUCACACGUGGCUUGGCCGUCGCUUGUUGCUUGGCCUUCAUUAACAGCUGCAUGAACCCAAUCAUUUACGCUUUUCUUGACCGGAAUUUCAGGUUGAGAACCAGCCGCCUGUCUACUUGUGUCUUUGGCAGCUUCAGGAAGAGAAGUAACAGUUUUGGCUCCCUGUCAAUACCCACAGAAAGCAGCACCUUUCCAGAAAGUCCAAAGCCUAACCCUUACUGCAUCAACUGA